AUGAACGACACGAUGGACGUUUUAGAUGAGAAACAAAACGGCGCUCCUCCCAUGGAAAUAGACGAAGUCGUAUCAGUGCGCGAUCAUGAUGCCUUCGCCGCCAAACAUAUGCCAGACCUCGGGCACGAAGUGAAAGAUUUCAAAGUGUUCACUUGGAAAUUGAAUAAUUGGAAGAAGCUUGACAAGAAAUUGACAAGUUCAGAAUUCGAAUGUGGUGGUCAUAAAUGGCGGAUUCUGCUCUUUCCCUUUGGAAAUUCAAACGCACCACCGAACGAUACGGUCUCGGUAUAUCUCGAUUAUGCGGAGCCCAAAAAAGCUCCAGAAGGAUGGCACGCGUGUGCCCAGUUUGCCCUUGUCAUCUCCAAUCCCAACGAUCCAACCAUAUACACCGUUAGCCACGCUAAUCAUCGUUUCAUUGCCGAAGAAUGUGAUUGGGGUUUCACACGCUUCAGCGAGUUGCGCAAGCUAUUUAGCAUACAAGAAGGCCACAUGCGCCCUACAAUCGAAGACGAAUCCGCAGAAAUCACGGUAUACGUUAGAGUUCUAGAGGAUCCCACGGGUGUACUGUGGCAUAAUUUUGUAAAUUAUGACUCCAAGAAAGAGACUGGUUUUGUGGGGCUGAAGAACCAAGGAGCGACGUGUUACAUGAACUCCCUUCUCCAAUCCCUAUUCUGCACAAACUAUUUCCGUAAAGCCGUCUAUCAAAUUCCGACCGAGGAUGACUUGCCAACAGAAAGUUUCGCACUUGCUUUGCAACGUGUUUUCUACCACUUGCAAACAUCAGAUCAACCUGUUGGAACAACCGAGCUCACCAAGUCUUUUGGUUGGAAAUCUCUUGAUUCGUUCCUACAGCAUGAUGUGCAAGAGUUUAACCGUGUUCUCCAAGAUAAGCUGGAGUCCAAAAUGAAGGGCACACAAGCUGAAGGCGCCAUUUCGAAGCUUUUCGUUGGAAAGAUGAAAAGCUAUAUCAAAUGUGUCAACGUUGAGUAUGAGUCAUCCCGCAUAGAGGAAUUCAACGACAUCCAACUCAACGUAAAGGGAAUGAAAAAUCUGUAUGAAUCCUUCCAAGAUUAUGUCGCUGUAGAGAUGUUGGAUGGUGAAAACAAAUACCAAGCGGAAGGCUUAGGACUUCAGGAUGCCAAAAAGGGAAUCAUUUUUGAAUCUUUCCCUCCAGUCUUGCAUCUGCAGCUCAAACGAUUUGAAUACGAUAUCCAACGUGAUGCUAUGGUGAAGAUUAACGAUCGACAUGAAUUUCCCUUCGAAAUCGAUCUUAGCGAAUUCCUUGACGCCAGCGCCGACAAAUCUCAGCCAUGGGUCUACAAGCUCCAUGGUGUUCUGGUACAUUCGGGCGACUUGCACGGUGGACAUUACUUUGCACUCAUCAAACCAGACCGCGACACUCGGUGGCUCAAGUUUGAUGAUGACAGAGUUACGCCUGUCACGGACAAGGAAGUUUUAGAAGAGAACUAUGGCGGAGAAGCGCUCAACGGACAGCCUCCUGCCAUUCAACGCAAUCAAGUAAGGGCAAUGAAACGCUAUACAAACGCAUACAUGCUGGUGUACAUUCGAGAAUCUGCUAUGCCUGAAAUUCUUGCUCCUUUCACAGCUGAGGAUACCCCUGCACACCUCAAACGACGUCUCGACGAGGAACGUCUGCAGGUUGAAGCCAAAAAGAGGGAGCGUGAAGAGCAACAUUUGUUCCUGACUGCUAAAGUUAUCACUGAUGAAACAUUCUCUCAACACGAAGGCUUUGAUUUGGCGACAUUUGAUGAGAAAAACUGGCCACCUUCAGACUUGCCUAGCUUCCGUGUUCUCAAGCAGGAGAAUUACAGCACCUUCAAGAGUCGCGUCGCCCAUCAUUUUAACUAUCCAGAGAAUCAGAUUCGUCUAUGGGUGUUAGUCAACCGCCAAAACAAAACUGUUCGACCCGAUACCCAUAUUCCCGAAAAUGAGCCAACACUGACUGUUGAAGUCAUUCGAAAUAACAUGGCUGCCAGACAGAACGACCUUCGACUUUACCUUGAUGUCAUCCCUGACCCUACCAAGCCCGACCCUCCACCCCAGUCGAUCAUGAUUUUCCUCAAGCACUUCGAUACUUCGAAGCAGACUUUAUACGGUGUUGGCAAAACGUAUAUGCUUAGAACAAGCAAAGUUGGAGACCUUGUUCCAAUUAUCAAUGAACGAAUGAUGUGGACACCCGGGACUCCUUUGAAAUUAUACGAGGAAAUUAAACCAGGAAUGAUUGAGUUAAUGAAACCUAAACUUUCCUUUGGCCAAAGUGAGAUUCAAGAUGGUGAUGUUAUUUGCUUCCAGGUGGACCUACCGGAGAAAGAGAUUCAUGAUCUCGAAAGUCAGGGGCUGCAUUCUAACCCUGUUCAAUACUAUGAUUUCCUCCAGAACCGCGUCAUGAUUCUCUUCAAACCCAAAUUUGAGGAGGGGGAUGCUGAAUCGGAGUUCAGCCUUGUCCUCAGCAAAAAACAAAAUUAUGACAUAAUGUCCAUUAAAGCCGGGGAAUAUCUUCGUCAUGAUCCUAUUAAACUUCGCUUCACGACAACAAACCCCACGUCAGGACAGCCCAAGACGGUCCUCAAGCGUUCUCUCAAUCAAAGCAUUUCCGAAAUUAUGGCCCCAAGCUAUUCCAAUACCGCAACGACUGUUAUUUUGUACGAGAAGCUGGACGUGAGCAUUGUGGAAUUGGAAACCAAGCGCAGCUUGAAGGUUACAUGGACCGGCAUCCAUAACAAAGAAGAAGGAACCCAUCCUUUCCUACUACCAAAGACUAGCAUGGUGCACGAUUUGGCCGAUCAUCUUGCUAAACUUGUGACUUUGUCCCCCGGUGGGACAGGCAAGAUUCGUAUCUUCGAGAUUUCGAAGGAUGGGAAAACUCAGAAGGAAUUCACUGGUUCAGAGAUGAUUGGAAAUAUUCCCGAGCCUGUGGAACUUUAUGCUGAGGAAAUUCCCCGAGAAGAGCUUGAGGCUGACGACUCCGACAAGGUCAUCGGGGUCUUCCAUUUCUCGAAAGAGCUUCAAAGGACACAUGGUGUUCCUUUCAAGUUUGUUGUCAAACGUGGAGAGAAAUUUGCUGAUACCAAGAAACGAUUGCAAGCCCGAAUAGGCGUCUCCGAUAAGGAUCUUGCGAAAUAUCGCUUUGCGCUUAUCCAGGUCUCUACGUUCAAACAGCCCUCUUAUAUUGAAGAUGAGGAUACCAUUUACGAACACCAAUUUGCGCCAGAGGAUGUUCUUGGCUUGGAUCAUGUUGACAAAUCAGGGAAGCCUAGAUCUGGAGGUGGAGAGAAAGCACUCACAAUUCGAUGA